AUGUCCGGGGAGAUGUGGAUUCCGGAGUUGGCAAUUCUGAGGGGCUUCCCCACUGAGGCUGAGCGACAACAGUGGAAGCAGGAGGGGGUCGUCGGCUCAGAGAGUGGAUUUUGCCUACAAUUGCUGCUAGAAGGGAGCUAUGAACCAAUAUUCUUAAAUUCAUUAACUCAAAAUAUCUUUAAUUCAAUGAUGAUGACUGAAGAAAAGAUCGACAAUUACCUGGAAAAGCAGAUAGUAACAUUCCUGGAUUGUUCAACAGAUUUGGAGAAAAGCGAAAGACAGCAGCUGAUAUUCCUACUUGGUGUGAGCAGUUUGCAACUUUUUGUUCAGAGUAACUGGACGGGGCCUUCUGUUGACUUACAACCUCAAGAUUUUUUGCCGUCUGUUUUGUUUCAGCGCUUUAAUGAGGCCAAAGAGUUGGAUGCAGUUGUUCUGAAUCUGCUCAUUCUAGAUGGUGAAUCAAUCUACAGCCUGACCUCAAAGCCUAUACUGCUGUUAUUAGCUCGAAUUAUCCUAGUGAAUAUAAGACAUAAACUGACAUCUGUUCAGAGCUUGCCGUGGUGGACUUUGAGAUACGUGAACAUUCAUCAGCAAUUACUUGAGGAACGCUCCCCUCAGCUUUUUGCUCUUGCUGAACACUCUGUGGACCAAGAUCCUUUGCAUUCCCAUAUACAUUUUAGAAUCAGCUUGUGUCAUGAUAUUCCUGUCAUCAUGGACAAAUUACUUAAUCUUGAGCUCAAUGAUGAUACUGUUUUGAAUGAGAUACAGUUAGCAGACUGUGAACAGUUUCAGGUGCCUGACCUAUGUGCUGAAGAGCUUGCUGUUAUCCUUGGAGUUUGCACAAACUUACAAAAGAAUAAUCCUGUUCAUAAAUUAACUGAAGAGGAGCUGCUAGCAUUUACAUCCUGUUUGCUUUCACAACCAAAGUUCUGGGCCAUUCAGACAUCAGCCUUGAUCCUCCGUACAAAACUUGAGAGGGGAAGCACACGCCGAGUGGAACGAGCAGUGAGGCAGACACAGGCUCUUUCAGACCAAUUUGAAGAUAAGACUACAUCUGUAUUGGAACGUCUGAAAAUUUUUUAUUGCUGUCAAGUACCACCUCAUUGGGCCAUCCAGCGUCAACUUGCAAGUUUACUCUUUGAAUUGGGAUGUAUCAGUUCAGCCCUUCAAAUAUAUGAGAAGCUAGAGAUGUGGGAAGAUGUCGUCAUUUGCUUUGAAAGAAUCGGGCAGCAUGGGAAGGCAGAAGAAAUUCUUAGACAAGAGCUGAAGAAAAAGGAGACGCCAAGUUUAUACUGCUUGCUUGGAGACAUUCUUCGAGACCACUCCUGCUAUGACAAGGCCUGGGAGUUGUCUCGGCAUCGUAGCGCCCGAGCUCAACGCUCCAAAGGCCUCCUUCACCUUCGAAACAGGGAGUUUAGAGACUGUGUGGAAUGCUUUGAACGUUCAGUCAAGAUUAAUCCCAUGCAGCUCGGGGUAUGGUUUUCUUUGGGUUGUGCCUAUUUGGCCCUGGAAGACUAUGGAGGUUCGGCAAAGGCGUUUCAGCGUUGUGUCACCUUAGAACCUGAUAAUGCAGAGGCUUGGAACAAUUUAUCAACAUCGUAUAUCAGAUUAAAGCAGAAAGUGAAAGCUUUUAGAACUUUACAAGAAGCUCUCAAGUGUAACUAUGAACACUGGCAGAUCUGGGAGAACUACAUCCUCACCAGCACAGAUGUUGGGGAGUUCUCAGAAGCCAUUAAAGCUUACCACCGGCUCUUGGAUUUACGGGACAAAUAUAAAGAUGUUCAGGUCCUUAAAAUUCUGGUCAGGGCAGUGAUUGAUGGGGUGACUGAUCGGAAUGGAGAAGUCGCAACUGGCCUCAAAGGAAAGCUGCAGGAGUUAUUUGGCAGGAUAACUUCAAGAGUGACAAAUGAUGGCGAAAUCUGGCGGCUGUAUGCCCAAGUGUAUGGAAAUGGGCAGAGUGAGAAGCCUGAUGAAAUUGAAAAGGCAUUCCAGUAUCUCUCUAAGGCAUACAAGUGUGACACACACUCCAGUUGUUGGGAGAAAGAUGUGACAUCAUUUAAGGAAGUGGUUCAGAGAGCCUUAGGACUUGCACAUGUGGCUAUAAAAUGCAGUAAAAACAAAUCCAGUCCCCAAGAGGCUGUACAAGUGCUUUCUUCAAUUCGACUCAAUUUACGGGGCUUGUUAUCCAAAGCAAAGCAACAUUUUACAGAUGUGGCAAGUGGAGAAAUUUCCAGCGACUUAGCUGAAGAAAUAGCAGCUAUGGAAGCCUCAGUAAUGGAGCUCCAAGACCUAAGCAACCAAUUUCGAAACCAGUAUUGACAGUGUUGGAAGCAGUCCGUGGUUUAGAAACUGCUUUCACCUUCUGGAAUGUCUCUUGUCUAUGUAUCUGAAACUCAAGAUUUCAUUUUUAAAGUAAAUUUUUGUUUUAUGGCU